AGUCGGGCCGGGAGCUGCCAGCCAGAGCGGGCGGCCGGCGGGGACAGGUGCGGGAGCCGCCUACAGCCGCAGGGCGGCGGCCGCCCGCGGGGCAGGGGCUCGGCUGGGCGCCCCGCGGGCCCUAUGGUGCGGCGGCGGGACCCGGCUGCUGCUCGCCGCCUUCCGAGGGGGCCCGCGGAGCGGCGCGGGGCAGCGCAGCCCGCCGGCACUCGGCUGGCAUGAGGAACCUGCCGAUCCUCCUCCUCCUCUCUCUCAGCUGGAACCUGGGGCGGGUGAAUGGUGUCCAUCCAGAAUGCAGAUUUCAUUUGGAGAUUCACAAGGAGGAAGCAAAGUGCAUGGAACUUUUAAAGCAUGCAAAACCAGUGGACUACAAAGGAUGUGUUGGAGUUUGGGAUAACAUCACCUGUUGGCGUCCUGCAAAGAUUGGAGAGACUGUCACUGUCCCUUGUCCAAAAAUAUUUAGCCUUGUUUCUGGAAAACCAGGAAAUAUUAGCAAAAAUUGUACCAGUAAUGGAUGGUCAGAUAUUUUUCCUGACAUCUUUAGUACUUGUGGAUAUAAUGACUAUGAGGACGAUUAUAAGGUCAACUUCUAUGUAAGAGUGAAGGCAAUUUAUACCCUUGGUCACAGCGUAUCUCUGAUUGCUCUUACAACAGGAAGUAUAAUUCUUUGCCUUUUCAGAAAACUUCACUGUACUCGGAACUACAUCCAUCUGAACCUGUUCCUCUCCUUCAUUCUAAGAGCAAUCUCUGUUUUAGUCAAGGAUGAUAUUCUCUAUUCCAGCUCCAACACAGCUCACUGUCCAGAGGACCAAACCUCAUGGGUGGGCUGCAAAGCUAUUUUGGUGUUUUUCCAGUAUGGUGUUAUGGCAAACUUUUACUGGCUAUUAGUUGAAGGACUUUACCUCCACAUCCUCCUUGUGUUAAUAUUCUCCCCCAACAGACACUUCACAGUCUAUCUGCUGAUUGGAUGGGGAAUUCCUACUAUAUUCAUUAUUACAUGGACAGUGACACGGAUUAUUUUAGAGGACACUGGUUGCUGGGAUACAAAUGAGCAUGGUGGUCCUUGGUGGGUUAUACGAAUACCAAUUUUAAUUUCUAUUAUAGUGAAUUUUAUACUUUUCAUCAGUAUUAUAAGAAUCUUACUCCAGAAGUUAAGGUCACCAGAUGUUGGAGGAAAUGACCAGUCACAGUACAAGAGACUUGCAAAAUCCACGCUGUUGCUUAUUCCAUUAUUUGGAGUUCACUACACAGUGUUUGCUCUGUUUCCUGACCGCAGUUCCAACAAUUACAAAAUAAUCUUUGAGUUGUGUUUGGGAUCUUUUCAGGGAUUGAUUGUUGCAGUCCUGUAUUGUUUUUUGAACAGUGAGGUACAAGGAGAGCUGAAAAGAAAAUGGCGGAGUUUGUGCUGGAAGCAGACAGCAGGCAGAGACUACAGACUGCACAGCUCAAUUUCUCGAAACGGAUCGGAAAGCGUUUCUCAGCUCCAUCGGAAUUCAAGGGCUCAGUCAUUCAUGCAGACAGAGACCACCAUGAUAUAAAUCAGCUAGGUUCCCAAAACAUGCAAAAACUGUGGGAUACAUUUGUUACGUGCAGCUUGAUGUGGUAUUUUCUAAAAUGUAGAGUUUAUUGCUUUGCUUUUCUAUAGGAUGGUACUUGGGAAAUUGAUUUGUGCAGUCAGCCAGGUAAUAACAAAGACACCUGCCCCAUGGAUGCUUUCUGUUCUUUUCUUUAGUGACAUUCAUACUAGUUUAUAUGUUCUCUUGCCAUGUAUUAGCCAUAACUAUCCAAAAACUGAUCUACUAUGAAGGUCCGUUUUGCCUCCAGCCUGUCUGUGAAACAGAUGUGUGGGAUCCUAUUCAAUGUGGGCUGCUUUGGUACCUGUUGAAAAGGUUAUGAUGGGAAGCAGAAAAAUUUCUUAAACUGUAUUUGUACUUAAGGUACUACUUCUUUCCUUAAGGAUUAGGAAAUUCUUUCCUAAUUAUGGAAAACAAAAGAAAAAUAAAGAAAUGUGAGGCUAUAAUUAACCACGUUGGGAGCUUAAUGUGCUAAUCCAGGAAAUCAUUAACUUUACACAAAGAGGAAAAAAAAAAAGUAAGGCUUAUUAGCUAAUUGUAUGAAUUGCAGAGGUUAAUUUCUACAGUUUGACUCCUAUCCUGUUGUCCCCUUUGAAAUUGCACGGUUUUUAUGUUGUGAGGCAGAACAUAGGGCUUUGCAGUCCAAGGCUAUUGUAAUCGUUUUGAUUAAAACAUCAGCAUUUGCCAGUAGUGCUGUUCUAAUCACCAGUUGUACUUUCCUGUUUAAAAUCAAAGAGAUUUAUGUUGAUCUUUUAUUAAACAAUUUUCUGAAGAGGUGCUUUAUUGCUAGAGCAGUCUAUCAUAAGAUAAACAGCCUUGGAAAGUGUUACCCAUUGAAAAUAUCAUUUUUAUUUAAUAUUUUCAUUGAAUUAUAUCUCUAGAACUACAUACUUGGCAGCUGAAACAAGAAAUAUUGCAAUAAUGUUGGAACUCCCAUUUAAGGAAUAGUGUAAAUGCUCUUAGUUUGAUCUAUUCUGUAUCUAUGUGAGCUGAUUUAAAAUUCUGUUGUGGCCAUGACUCCAAAAAAAUAAACACAAUCCCUAAAAAUCACCAUAAAAGGCAUAAAUAGAAGGAAUUCUCAGCAACACCAAGCCUCCCAUGCAGCCACUUUGAAAAAAAGAGACAGGAAACUGGCAAGUUCUUAUAAAUACAUAUAGAACAUUUGCAAUUUUAAAAGAAAUAAACCCAGUGAUGUUUACUUCUCAUGUUAUGUUUAACCAUGUCCACACUGAAUGACAAGUUUUAUAUGAGUACUGUUGAUUGAUAACAGCAAUUGCUCUGAUAUCUCAGAUGAUAGAACAUAUGAAGCCAGCAGAAUCCAAGGUCAGUUAUAUUGCCAGGGAAAGGGAAGAACAGUGGCAAGGGUAUGUCUUGGCAGGCAUUCAUAUACAUUCCUGAAAAUAUUACUGGGAGUACUGUUGGCGGUCAUCAGAGUGUCUGUACACCUCUUGUUCUGAUUUAAUUUAGCUAUUUAUUGGUCAAACACAAUUUAUUGUAAUGGGAUUACCCUGGAGUGAUACAUAGUUCUGUCAGAUCAAAGACAGGAAUGUCCCAAGACUGCCCCAUCGGCAGCAGUCAUCAGUUUUGCAUGACAGCAACCUUCACUGUGCUUUAUGCAACCAUUUUCAUGUCUGUAAAGACCCAGAGGGCACUGUUCUCGCUUAUUUCUACUUCCAGAAAAUUCCCAUAUCCAAAUAACUUUAUGCAAAUUUUGAGCAUCAUCCCAUCAUCGUGGAACUUGACUUCCAUCUGCCUUUUCACACAGAACUCCACACUAUGCUAAAAUGUAUGCAAAAACUGAAAAUCAGCUUGAUGAAUCUAGUACUUGUUCAGUGUUUCACAUCUCUGCAAUGCACUGAAAUAGCUUUGUCCUGCAUUAGAUUUUACACAACACUGUGGAGUCAAAUGGUCCUGCUGGUGACUCUUCAGAGUCAAAAGGACAGUGCAAGAAAACAUUUGACUCUGUCAUCCCUGAACACAGUUCAUAUUCAGUCUUAGUAGCAUCAGAGGAGGAGGUGGAUGAAGCAAUGCAGGUGUAUGCUCUGCCCGUAUGGUCUUGUGACUUAGUUCUACUCCUCUUGAUUCCUGUACUUCCUUUCUCACUUUGGUUGCAUCAGGGUCCAAACUGAGUCAUAGCGGCUUCAGAGCAGGAAUCCUGCUGGAUUAUAUUCCCACUGAAAAGCCAGUAGCACAUCAUGUGUGCUGUUGGGUGAACUAAGCAAGAAUGGCGACAAGAUUCUCUCUUGUACUGUACUUCGUGCUUGUGGUUUACUUGCCUUGGAGCCAGGCAGGCAACACCAUUCAUUUUGAGUGAUUCUUAUCACAUUACCUGCUGAUGAUGCCUGAGGGACACAUGGACAGAUUACUUUCUAGUUGCUGAUGGUGAUCAGCAUCUAAAUAUAUAAAGUUAACUUAAAGUUUCCUCUUCAGAGGUGAUGAUUUUAGCUAGGUGCUUGUUAUAUUUAGGUGAAAUUUAUCUACCCUUAUUUAUGCCCUGAAAAGCCAAAUGUCUGUUUCUGAGCUAAAGGCUUGUUUUAAGUGCCUUCCAUAUUGGUCAUAAAGAAGUAGGUGCUAGUUGUAGAUGAUUCAUCCCAUGUUGUGCUGUGCAUCUAUGCCACAUAAACUGAAUCACGUUUUUUUUUCUGUAUUUACUAUAAAAUGAGCUGAGGGUAGGAUAGGGUGGAGUGGAGUAGAAUAGAACUGAAUUGAACAGAAGUGAACAGAACUUAAGAUUUCUCACCCCGUGUCUACAAUUAGUCCUCUCCAGAAGAGUCUGUUCAGUUGUGUUGCUAACAGAUGAUAACUAAAUACUCUCUUUUAAGCCACGUAAGCUGAUUCACAAAACUUAUCCUCCCAUAAAUGUUCACAUGAAGGCAAUGAAGGAUCCCUACCUAGGUCCAUUCAGUUGGACAUCCCUGUGGUUGACUGCCCUCCAUGAUAAACCCAAUGGCCUUAUGACCUGCAUUGAUUUGCCUGUGUUCAGCUUUCAGCAGUUGUUUUUUUAGGUGUUUGCCUUGUUGUCUUUUGUAGGUGGGUCAUACACUAAAACAAAGUGCUCGUGAAUAUGAGAAAUUUUCUCUAAGUGAAAUCUCUUGAAUCACAGUUGAAACCAUCUUAAUUUCCUGAGAAACAAAACAUGUCAGAUCUCUAAAAUUCUCAGUUCAAGACAUUUUCCUCAAAUGUUUUUUUCCUGUUUCUCUUCUGUCCUCAUUCAGAUUUGGAAUAGUUUCACCCACGGAAGAUGAAACAUUCCAGUAUAUCCCUUCUGGAAUGCGUACAGCAUUGACCACAUUUCUCACCCCCACUCAGAGUUGACAUGGUCACACCUUUAUCUCUGCAGUCAUUUCAACUGCUGACCAGGAGCUGGUUAAUGACAGGAAGUGAGAGUAUUACUGACUUGAUUUCUCACCAUGUAAAUCAGUAACGUUGUUAAGGUAUGCUGACCUUGGUGUCUGGCUCAGGUGCAUUAACAUGCUUCGCAAAAUAACAUUAGGAUUGUGGAAAGCAUCCUUUAUGCCACUGAGAGCAGUGCUGGUUUCCACCAAAUGUUGUAUGUGACAUGUAUUUAAGUAGCUACUCCAUGUAUACUGCUCUAGAAUGCGCUAGAGCCCAACAGACUGCACCAAAGUAGUGAUGUGUGCUGCAUGUAGCAGCUGAGGAACUACCCAGUUUAAGCAUAUGCUGGGACUGUACCAUAGCAUCAAUAACUUGCUACAAAAGGCAACAGUUUAAAAAGCCUUAUAGAGUCAAGUCAAAGGCAGCUUGCCCCAUUGUGUAGCACCUCACACCCUGACACACCGCAGACAGGUUUCCCUCUGCCUUUAACAUGAAGGGGAAAGCUGAGCACCUCAGCAAACUGUGCAGUCUGACCACAUGUGAAAUAAGUCAUUGCCAAGUGCAUGUCUCACACACCGAGCAUGAGGACUGAGUUGAGUCAUUUCCCUUGUUUGUCUCCUGCUCUUGUGAGUGCUAAAAAACUUAUCCUGUUGACAUUCAAUUUGUCCAUUUCAGCAAAGUGAUUGUGAAUGAAGUCCAAACUCAUUUCUACAGUUUUUAGACAACUUUAAUGAAAAUUAAACAUUAAAUAUGUCCGAUAAAAAAGUACAACUGGCAAGUAGCUCGUAGAGAAAGCUACUUGGUGUGUUAGGGUUAUUGUCUGAGCAAUUGCUGUUUCUGCAAGGUAAUUCUGGAAUUACUUUUACAAGCAGAAGUUCCUUCACAUUACCAUGAGUGCCUAGAUAAGCUAUGGGCCAUCAGUACUGCCACCUUGACAUAACCAAAUAGCAGCAGGUAGUAUACAAUACUAUUCUGUUGCUCAAAUAAAUUCUGACAUUUAUAUUAUGAGUAUAUCAGCACGUAUCAGUAAAUCAGUAUGUCAGCUACUUAAAAAAGCAAUCUUUGAUAUGAUUUAACCAUUCUGUGUUUAAUCUGGUUCUGCCCAAUGAUGACAGUGUUUCUGUACCAUUUCCAUCAUCAGCUAAAACAAUGGCUGAAAUAUCCCCAAAUUCUUUAUUCCCCAAAGCACUGUAGUAAAUUCCUCAUAACCUGCAGCUUUCCCCCCUGCCCCCUUUCUGGAGCAUUAGUAUGAGUAUUGUUUAGAAAUUCUCUUCUGUUGUCUUUAUAACUUUUUAUCUGUUGAGUACAGUAACAAUUAAAGAUGAUGUAAAUGAAUGUGAUUAUUUUUUUACAAAAUGUACAGAAUACGAUGAUGUAUAGAUUAAUGUGUAAAUAGAUUUCCUUUUCAUACUUUAAUUCACUAAAUGUUUCCUCUGGUUUUACUCUUCUUUUUUUGUUCUCAGUGUCACAUACCUAACAGCCUUCUCUGUGAUGUUGUAUAUAAAGCUGUGAACAAACAAGCGUUUACAUCUUUAUGCUAUCAGUGCUAAUAGUAAUUAAUAACACCAUGAUGAACUGAAGAGGAGUCAGAAUAAAAAUUUUAAAGAUUUUGCACAGAAC